AUGACCUAUUUAUAUGGUUUUUUGAAAUCAAUUCGAACUUUCACACCUGUACUUAAUGCGUCACCUGCACGUCUUACAGUUUGCUUAUUGAACAAUUAUUUUUCAACAUUAAAGCCAAAGACAAUGGCUAACAAUAAAGACGCGUUUGAAGUAAAAGCCGUUAAUACAACCGAAAGAUUAGCAAAGCUUAGAUCUUUAUUUAAAGAAGAAAAAUAUAAUAUAACUGCGUAUGUAAUUCCUUCAGAAGACGCUCACCAGAGUGAAUAUACUGCAAGUUGUGAUGCUCGAAGGGCAUUUAUUUCCGGUUUCACGGGCUCUGCUGGUUUGGCAGUUGUAUCAACGGAUUCUGCUGCGCUUUUUACAGAUGGUCGAUAUUUUUUGCAGGCCAGUAAGCAAUUGGACCACAAUUGGGAAUUGAUGAAACAAGGUUCGAAAAUCGGAAUCGAUCCAACAUUGAUUAUAGCGAACGAUGCAAAGGCUUUGAAAGAAUCACUUGGAAAAAUUGGGUCAUCGUUAGUCUCUAUUGAAGAUAAUUUAGUUGAUUUGGUAUGGGGAGAUGAAAGACCAUCUCGUCCAUGUAAUCCGGUAAAUGUUUUGUCAUUGAAAUAUACUGGGCGUUCGCAUACUGAUAAAAUUACGAAACUUCGAGAAGAACUUGCCAAAGAAAAUUUCUAUGGUUUUGUUGUAUCCGCUCUUGAUGAGAUUGCUUGGCUUUUUAACCUCCGUGGUUCUGACGUUCAAUAUAAUCCCGUUUUUUUUGCUUAUGCUCUUAUCACCAAGAACGAUAUCGUUCUUUAUAUCGACGAGAAUAAAUUAUCCGAUGAAGUCAAGGAACAUUUGAGAUCCAGUAUUCGAUUUCGUCCUUAUAAUUCUGUUUUCGAAGAUCUACGUAAUUUAAACGACAAAUUUAAGAGCGAUAAUCAGAAACUUCUUAUCAGUACCCGUACAAGUUUUGCUCUGGCCUUGGCUUCAGGCGAAGAUAAUAUAGAAUCAGCUCGUUCUCCUAUUCUGGACGCAAAAGCAAUUAAAAAUGAAGUGGAAUUAGAGGGCAUAAGGCAAUGUCAUCUCAGAGAUGCAGCAGCAGUGAUUAAUUAUUUCUCAUGGCUUGAAGAACAAUUUGCCACCGGAAAGGAAUUAAGUGAAAUCGAUGGAGCAGAUCGUUUGGAGAAAUAUAGAGCAGAACAAGAAGAUUUUGUUGGCCUAUCCUUUGAUACUAUUUCGGCAUCAGGACCUAAUGGGGCAAUUAUACAUUAUAAACCAGAACCAGAAACAUGUGCUAAAAUUGAUCCAAAAUUACUUUAUCUAUGUGAUUCUGGAGGUCAAUACAAAAAUGGUACUACUGAUGUAACGCGUACCAUACAUUUUGGUACACCAACCGCACAAGAAAAGUGCGCAUUCACACGAGUCCUCCAAGGACAUAUUGCGAUCGACCGCGCAAUAUUUCCGAAAGGCACUACAGGAUAUUUGUUGGAUGUUUUUGCAAGAGCACCGCUCUGGAGAGAUGGUUUGGAUUUUCGUCACGGUACGGGACAUGGUGUUGGAUGUUAUUUGAAUGUACACGAGGGUCCUCAUGGAAUUGGAACCAGAAUUGCAUACAAUGAUGUACCCCUUCAAGCAGGUAUGACAGUUACCAAUGAGCCAGGAUAUUAUGAGGAUGGCAAGUUCGGUAUUCGAAUUGAAACUCUUGUAUUUGUUCGAGAGGUGGAAACACCACAUAAUUUUGAUGAUCGUGGAUUUUUGGGAUUUGAACAUAUUACAUUGGUUCCUAUUCAGACAAAACUUAUUGAUGCCUCUCUUUUGAACCCUAUUGAACUCAAAUGGAUUAAUGAUUAUAAUGCUGAAUGUCUUCAAAAAGUAUCACCUUUCUUAAAACAAAAUAGUCCAGGAAUUCGAUGGUUAGAAAGAGAAGCUGCCGCUUUAAAGUGA